UGCAAUUUAAGGUCAAGGACUGCGGUGCUUUCAUAUUGGUCCGCUACGAUGCACGAAAUAAAUAUCGAUGAUAUAAGUUUGGGCUCUGGAUUCUCACAUGCUAAAUACGCGUCUGUAGUUUCAGCGAUAGGAGUACGUAAUCGAAAUUUAUUCAUAGGAUCCUCCUCCAUAUCAGGGGAUCUAUGGGGCGGUGGCUUGGUCGUUUACAAACUGAAGAACUGUAAAAACUAUUUUGGUCGUAUUGCAUAUGAAGAUGAAUCCACUGUAGUUGAUGAUAUCUCUCAUCAAGUUGUUACGGAGACUUCUUUCGACUCAUCUGUCGCAUCAAUAGCACCAUUGAAUUUAAGUUGCGGUGAAUUAACAGAUGCUGUUGUGAUUGGUUUAGAUGAUGGUUCUAUUCAGUUGAUUACACUACGUGAGGUGUUAGCCCAUUCUCAUCAGUCACAAAUGCAGCCAUUAACGAUCAAUUCUGCUACAUAUCAUGAUUGGCCGUUGGAGAAAGUAAUAUCAUCUCAGACCUCAGGAUCUACGAAUCCUCAUAUCAUAACAUUAGAUGUAGCUGGAUGUGUAAAAUUAUGGGAUUGUCCAUCUUUAAUACCUAUUAAAUCAUGGUCUAUCAAUUCUACAACAUGGCCUGUUAACGGUUCCGCUUUCACUCCAGAUAUUUCUUUACUAUCUACUAGUAAUACUAAUAACAUGAUAAAUCAUCAAAAUAAUUGUGAAAACUUUUUAUUGUCAACUUUAAAUCCAUUAGAUGUGAAACGAAAAAUUUGUUUAUGGGAUAUUCGUGUCAAUGAUGUAUCUAAUCCAAUUGUAAUUCAGUCAAGUGACUGUUCAAAUAUUACACAUGAUUUACCAACAGCACUCAGUUGGUUUUCAACAAAUCAUUUGCUAUUAGGAACUUACGAAGGUCAUUUAUGGGUUUAUGAUAUUCGCAACCCUAAAAUGGAACUAACAAAUGUAGAUGUUACAAAUGCAAAUGAAACUUUCAAAUCGUCCUCACAUAGAUGUAAACAAAUUGUUCAAGUCCUUACGCAUAAUUAUCCAGAAACAUCAACUGAAAAUAUUCCUAAUACUUCCAAAUAUAUGGGACUAAUUCAAAUCGAUGGUUCAAUAGAUGUUUACCAACAGAAUAUAUCAACAUUUAAUGUGUCAAAUGACAUGUUUACACAUGUAUAUCAUGAUGAUGGAAAAUCAAUCAUGAACAUCGAUAAUAGAUGUUAUGGAAGAGUUAAACCAUGUGGUUUGUUUCUAUCUUCUGAUCUUAUGAAUCCUGAACAACCGUGGAGAUUACUACUGUCAACUGGUAUUCCUGACAAUAACCAUAAUCUAUCAUUGACAAAUACUUCAUCAUAUACUGCUAACAUGAAUUAUCAUACAACGACACCAACUAUACUUAAUUAUCAACUUCGUGUUCAUCCAAAUCUAAUUCAAACAAAUAUUCCAGGAUUCAACAAUCUCUCUACAAUUCACUACAUAAAAUUACUUAAUAUUUAAUGUAUAUGCGAAAAAAGAAAUUCAUAUAGAAGUAUGGAAUGUCGUGUAUAAUAAAGUUACAGUGAUCUUACUCGACUGAUUAUUGAUUUACUUCUUCUCUGACUGGUUGUGAUAAACAAGAAUGUCUAUGAUGCUAAAGAGAAACAAAAGAUGGAUAAGAUUCAAUUAACAUUAUUCAUGUUGACUACAAAUUACAAACAAGGCCAGUCAGAACGAAUUAAUAUAAUACUUGUGGAAUUACUGAAAUACUCACUUCUACAUGAAGUAGGCGGUGACGAUAUUGUCCGGAAUAACAAUGAGAUCUCUGCAAUUAAACUAUACAGCUCACUGAACACAGUACUACGGAAAGCAUUCACCUAAACACUUGUUCUUCUUAUUCACCUAUUUUAUACUACUAAUAAUUACGAUGUAUGGUCGAAUAAAGCAAACUUAUUCACAUUGGCGUAGAUAUAUCUACUUGGUACCUUCCUGUAAAUGUUAUACUCAGUAUGAGAUUCCAUACUUUUUAUCUCCUAAUUCCUGAUUUGUUGUGCCAUAUUCUGCAUUGUGUGUGUUUAUUUGUCCGCCCCUCAAUCUUUCCCGUCUUACAAUUUGUCGCUUAAUUGUUUGUGGUGUUAUAGUAUGUUUUCUUUUGGUGCUCUUCAAAAAAAGAUGAUCGCUUUCGCUAAAUUUAUCUUUACUGUGUUUAAUGUAAUCUUAUGCUUCUAAAUUUUCACUACUAUUUUCCAAGGCUAAACAACCAUAUAUUGAAGCAAGUGAAUUAAAUGCCAAUGAUGUACAAGUUACAUUGAUUAUGCAGGGUUUACAGGCGCCUAGUCGAGGAUUUUGUGGACUUAUUAAACCCGGUUGUUCAGGGAAUUUCCACAGUGAUUCUUUCAAUACAACAUCUGCAAGUAUUCGUCAGCAAUUAGGCAAUGGAUUAUUAAAAGUGGAGCUUGGUGAAUAUUCAUUAAAUGUUCUAUGCGAAUUAACUAAUCCUAAUUAUACUUAUGAAUAUUCUGUACGUCAAUUUCCAUCGAAAAUUAUGCCAACAUUUUGUACAUUUAAAAUACAAAAUAAUAAAGUCAGAUUACGUUUGAGAAAAGCUUGUGGUUCUGAACAAUGGGCUGGUGCAUUAGCUGUCAAAGGUUUAGAUCAAAGUUGACAAAUGCACAGUAAAAUAUAUCAUUAUGAUUAGAAAUAUACAACAAAUAUUUUGUACAUGAUAUUCUAUGAGAUCUAUUAAAUAAACUGUAAUAUACAUCUAUGUAUACAUACACUUGUUAUUGAAUGUAAUUCUAUUGUAUUGGAUCAGAAAUAUCAAUGACUACGAUUGGAGCAUCGUACUUCAGUACAACGAUUAUAUUUCAAUGGAUGACAAUCCAAUCUUUCUCAUGAUUUUCUUCUUUUGUUUACAUGAACAUAUUCUCGUUUUUUUAAAUGAUUUUUUAGUGUAUUAUCAAACCUUUGACUUUUUAUAUUCGACGUAAAUUACUAAUAUCGCUUUCCUAGUUAUAUUUGCCUUUUUUUAAAAAAAAGAACGUGAUAAAAAUAUAGGUAAAUAUAUGAUGCUUGUUUAUUGUAAAUCCUUACAUAGUUUUCUGUAUAGAGAUUUGUGGAAGUGAUUGGAUAUUAUUGAUAUUAUGAACCCACUUAUGCUACCUAUCCAUUGAAAACCUGAGGGUUGUAAACAGCGGUUUCGGCCCGAUAUGCGACUCUUCAACACGCACAAACUUGUCGACGAGGAUUGAACCCAGGACCGGUUUCACGAGAACGUUUACCCCGUAGACCAUUGAACCGGGAUUCAAUGGUGUUUUUGUAUAACUUCAAUCACCAUACGAUAUUGCGUGACCACCAUUCACUGUUUUCGGUGGGUAACCACUAUCCCACAUUCGACACAUUUGAACUCCAUCGAUUAUGGCUUCCCACUAAAAUUCCAGGACGUUCUGUGUUCGAUGAAUCGAUUCUGGCAGGAACCUUAUUCAUUAUAGCACUGAAUGUAGAUUACUUGGUAACAGUCAAUAGUUUGGUGUCUAAUACUUUAUCUAAAAGGAAUCUGGUAUAUGCUUGAUAUAAAGAAGUCGAAUCCACAAAAUAACCUCAUUUUCGUCAAUGCAGAAAAGAUUUUACAUUUUUAUCAAUACCAGUCUACAAAAUUAUUGUUAUAAUACUCAUGGCGAGUCCAGAUACGUUAUGUGCUUCCGCGCACAUGCUUGAUCAAGGCCAAAUGGUGGGUGAGAGAAGUUGAAAGAAGACGGUUGUCAGCGAAAGUCGUUCAUGCUAUUUGUCCAGGUCUGGCUUAAUGUUAGGUCCCGAUAAACAUAAUGGAUGGUAACUUUGGGAUCCUUUUUAGGGACCAAUACUAAAAGUAUAUUUUUAUCGUAUAAUUGUUAAAUAAUUAAACUAUUCAUAUUCCUCUUAUUAUAAACUUUAUUUUGACCUAUGAACCGUUAUUAUACGUUUUACCAUUCUUAAAUUAUGCCCUGUCUAUUAUUAGUCGCUGCCUCCCACAUUCACAGCCACAUUUGGCCGAAUUUUGUACAAAUGUUAUUUUCUAUAUUAUGCUACGUUGUGGUCUGUUUGAUUGGUUUAUAAACUCAGUAUGUUUGAAAUAUCAGGAUUCAUAUUGCAGAGGGUG